GGUUCUAUUUAGCAUCUCUGAUAGGAAAAUUUUAUGCAGGCUCUUGACUUCGUUCAACUCUUUGAGGAAUGAAGGCGGAAUGCAGGUUAAAUUGAGAUGGGCUUUUCUCAAGCUGUUGAUGCUGUAGUAAUGGUGCUUUUAAAUAGCGCUUAGGUACUGUUUUUGUGUGCCAUUCACUUCUUCUUUCUCGGUGAACAAGUCUGACCGUUUCCACUUUGGCCGGAUCAACAGGAAACAAACAGUGCAUUGUUCAUCCACAGUGAGUCGCCGUGUGAAUACUACCGGGGGGUUUUCAACUGUGUUUUAGUUUGAACUAUCAUCAUGGGUCAAGCAGGAUCUAAACAGGAAAUGUUUUGGGAGGCGUGUGGCUUUGGACGAGCACACUUGGUGCAGAAGUUCAUUGAGCACGGGAUCGAUGUCAACUGGGUUUCUUCGAUACAUGCAUGCAGUCCUAUCCACGUGGCCUCCCAGGGCAAGCCAGAUGUCGUCAAGUUGCUGAUUGGAGCCAGUUGUGAUCUUACUGUUCAGGACUCGAGGGGCAACACCGCUGUGCACCAUGCGGCCAUGAAGGGUCAUGCUGAAAUCAUUCAGAUGUUGGCUGACGCUGGAGCAGAUCUGAAUGCCCAGGAGAAGAACGGUUGGAGCCCUCUCCAUUGUGCUGCGUACUUCGCUCACCUCAAAGCUGUGGAAGUGUUGCUGAAGAACAAAUGUGACACAGGAGUCCUGAACAAGGAUGGCCGGUCAGCGCUUGUGGAGACAGCACGGUCCAAGAAUCAUGAGGACGAGAGAGUGCUGGGGCAGAUCACACAGAAGCUCAUCGCUGCCGGGUGUGAUGUAGACCUGAAGUGUGCUGAUCUGGGCGAGGCGAACUUCACAGCUCUGAUGUUUGCUGCCUACCAUAACCAUGUGGAGGUUGCAGACGCUCUUAUUAAGGGGGCGUGUGAUCUCAACUGCGUCAGUUUAUACACCAAGUGGACAGCCCUGCACUGGGCCGCGGACUGUGGCAAUGAGGAGAUGGUGUACCUGCUGCUGGACGCUGGGGCAGACCCAACCUGCACGGGAAUGAGAGGAGAAACUGCGGCUGACCGGGCCAAAGACGAAGAGCUGAAAGAGUUUCUGGAGAACUCCAUGAAGCUGUUCAACGAGAUGGAGCAGGUGGAGACGGCUUCCCUCUCCUCUGCCCACUCCAUCAACGCCCAGGCCUCGCUAGACACUGCCAAGGCCUUAGAGAAUCUGUCCACUCAUGCAAAGAACAGAGACAUAUUAUCUGCCCCGAUGCCCACCAUUCCCGCGCUUGGCAUCGCGUCUCGCUCGGAUCCAACAGUCCGAUACACCCGCAGGGAUGUUGACGAGGUGGCAAAAACGGUUAACGUUGUCUUUCCCUGGAGAAGCUACUCCAAGCAAGCCUCGCCCAGCCCGGAUAAGGACGGACUUACCGGGGAAGGGGAGGAGAGGAGGAAGAUGUUCCCCUCGCAGGAUGACAAGACCAACAGGUUCAUGGACACGCUGGCCCAGAGGAUAAACUACAUGACCAGCAAGAUCGCUUCCAUGAGCGUCGACGAGGACGCAGACAACGAGAAGAAGUCGUCGUCCGAGGGGACCCCGACAAAUGAUGAGAGAGCGGCCGGGGAGAAUUCGGAAGAUUCUGGUCUGUCUACUCGCGACGGGAGCAGGGUGGCUUCAGAAGUGGCAACUCCCGACAACGAUGGGGCUUCGAAGCUGAAUUUGGACGAGCCUAAUCUGAGGCCGAAAUCCCCGAAAUCCCCAAAGUCCCGAGAUUCAGCCGCGUCUGCGGGCUCCUCCAAGCUGUCGAGUCCCUCGAAGAAUGGGGACAUGCUGGAUGAGAAAGCCGAUGCGUGCAUUAUUGAGGAGAGCCAUAGGGGGUUCUCCAUCUUGAAAGCCUUGCAGGAGCGUCAUCGUCGCAGCAUGUGCCUGGACGAAGCUGUAGUCCCGUCGUCCCCCACAGCACCCAGUGUGGUCCCCUUGUCGUCGCCGGGGACAACAGGGGAGGCUGCUCCGGCUGCUUCGCCCGAGAUCAUGUCGCAGGUUUGAGGAGAGAAGAAGAGCGAGAGAGAGAGAAAGCAGCUGAUAGGGGUGCCAUUUUUUUUCCAUUUUACCUAUUUCAAAUCGCAGCUGUGUGCACCUUACUGGUAAGUUAUGGAUUUUUUAAGUUUUGCCCUUCACAGGGAAUUUUCUUGAACUCUGUGAUUCUUGGAUGGAUCACACUUCUUAUUUCUUGUCUGGCCUUUGUAUCCUGAUGUGUGGAUGUGAUGUCGAGGAGGUCGUUUCAGGUGCAUGUCCAAUAAGUUCUGGAAGGAAUGUUCUUGUCUAGUGUAUGCAGUACGGCACCCCUUGGCUAUUAUGCGAUUUACAGAGAGGUAAAUUAAUCGAGCGGCCAUGUUGAUAUAUUAGUAUGAUGGUUAGUUUUUCUUACUUAUUCUAUUAAAGAGAUAGAUAUACUUUCAAAUAGUAGAUCUUGAUUAUAUCCUAGAUGAGUAAGAUGAUACAUUAUAAUUAGAUGUUAUGAUUGAAAACUGCACCCUUUCUUUAUAAAAUCUCUGGAAAAUGUUUGAACACAUUUCACUUUGCUAAAAUCUUUUUAUGUAAUGAUUGUUUUUAUGAUGUGACCUCACACUGUUCCAAAUGAUAAUCUUUGACUCUACUUAUUGUGUUUGUAUUUUAUGUUUUAUGUCAUAUAAAGUUAGUGAAUUUUAAGCUGACGUCUUUCAAAAUGGAAUAUUUUGUGAACUCGUUGACUAUUACACUCGUGUUAAAAUUUUGUGGAACUUUUAUUGACAGUGGCAUUCAUUAGACUUUGUGUGACGGUGUCUUGAAAAGCUUAUUCCAAUGGGGACUGAAAUUAAGGGGGGGCUCCUACAUUUUGUCGGUUUACUCCCAGUAUUUAAUGGAAUUGAGAGCCUUUUUUGUUUUGUUUCGUUUGCUGUUCCUUGGGAUGAAUAAGUGAAACUUUUCUUAUCACGAUUGUCAGGUUCGUGUUUUUUCCAAAGUUUCUCUAAAUUGUCUUCUUUUUUUUCAUGGGUGCAGUGUGAAGAUUAAAAUUCAUGUGUCUAGUAAAUCCAGAAAUGGAUUCAUGGGAUUUUUUUCAAUUUUGCUCGCAGGUUGUUUUUUAAAAAAAAUCAUAAGAAGUCGUUACUCCCCUCAUGGGAAUAUUUGUUGCACAGGGGAUGUGUUUUCCGAGUUUAGGGUUGUUUCCCCCUCUAUUAUAUGUGAUGUGUAGUGUUUGUCCAUGCAAGGACACUACCAGAUUGCCUUGUGUUUUAUUUGUGAUAGAAGAGAUUUAAGCUGCUGCAGUUGUCACCCAUUAAAGGCGUCACCCAAAAAAACCCACCAAAAAAAAAAGAAAUAAAAAUAAAAAUAAAACAAUUUUUAGCUUUAAGAGUAAAGCGUUUAAGUCUUUGUAAAAGUAUUAAUGGUAUUGGUGGAAACACUUCUUCCCUGUCGCAAAGGUAGAUAGACCUAGGAACGCCCUGGGGAUAUCUGUGCAUUGAGGGAGAUUUCUUCCAAUAGUGAAAUCCAAGCAGUUGUUGUCUUUCAAUUUGCUGUAGUAAACACCUGCUACAACUAUGUUGCGGAAUCUAUUUGAGUAUCCCACUAUUAAAGGGUUGUUUUUUUUCGUUUUGGGAUAAGGGUAGAGAUAGAUAUGUUUCGAGAUUCCCCUCAGGUGAUUUUCCUCUCGAUUAUAAUGAACACACAGAUAGAUACUUCAAGCUCUUGUGAGGGUUUACAGCAAAAUCUUAUGAAACACAAAUUUGGGGGGAGGGGGUAAAAAUCUAUGUAGCUGUCUCUCUCUACUGAUUUCCCUCGAGUUUGCUAUCAGCUCACAUCAAUAUGUUGAGAGAGAAUGGAGAAAGUGUCUUUCUCAGAUUUCAGUAGGGCCACCAAGGGAAAUCGUUUUGCCUAUCUGAUAUGAACCAUACAGGUGUUCGAUGCCUAAGUGAGUCUGUGUCCCGUCUGUCACUUGAACAUUCUUUUUUUUUCGCAUUUCGUGUUGAAAAUAGGUGUGGAAUUCCUUCAUGGUAGCUCACUGUUGGACUCCUGAUGAACCGAAACGAAAAAUCCACCCAUGAUCCUGUUGUUAUGAUUUGAAAAAUAUUUUAUAUGAAAUUUGACAUUGUCACUUUGUAAGAUGUUUUUAAAAAGCACAGGUUUGUGUUGAUAGCAUAAUGUAUAUGUGAAAUGAAAUUUUUCUUUUUUAGUUUCUAGUUUCGUCAUGUUAUAAAAAAAGGCUUAUGGUUAUGAUUGAAUGUUUUGGUCUGAUUUGGUAUGCACUGUAUAUUGUGACCUCCAGUGAUGAAAGUGUUCUCCAGUGGAUUCACCAGAUGUUUGUGCUUGUCCAGUGGUUCUUUGAUCGUGGUGAAGAGUAUGACCUCCUAUGUGAAGAAUAUCGUUGUCAUCGCAUGGAAUCUGCUUAUCUGUGAAGGUAGAAAUCGCCUACCAAUACUUGGAAGCAAAAAGGUGAAAGUAUCUUUUGUGUCUGUACACGAAUUACAGCUUUACGCUGUAUCAGAAAAAGUGUCACUAUAGAUGAAUUAGCUGGAAACAGUUUUAAAAAAACCUGAAAUCUAAUUCGAGUAAACAGCAGGGUGGUCAUGUAUCCUAAAGACUUUGAUGUCUGUUUACUCCUUUCAUUGUUAAGGUGCUUCUAUGUACUUUUGUACAAACAAGAUAAAAUGUUCGAUCAAGAGAGCUACGAAUAAAUCCAUUGUUAUACUUUACCGAUAUUAAGAAUAAGCAGCUGCACAAGCUGUUGCUAAAUAUCCUAAAUCUUCCUCAUAAUGGAAGUGAAAAAAAAAAAAUGGGAACAAACCAGUUUGUGAGAACACGAAUGUAGAUAUAAUAUGUCAACACAGCAAUCAAGAAAUUAGAAUAAAACCCCCCAACAAAAA